AUGGACAGCCAGACCGACAAGCUCCUUCGUCGUGCCAUUGAGCUCGCCCAUCAGUUUACCAGAUAUCGGGAAGGAGCACUCCGCUGGUCCCGUGAUUUCGACCUCCUCACACAAGCUCGAUCCGACCACCUCCAAGCAUCCUAUCCCCUACCUCCAUCCGUCACCAAAGACAUCCCAUUUCCUCCAUCUUGGGGAAUUGACAGACCAACCCUUUCCGCUGCGGUGAAAGAAUUUCUGAAUCUCACUAAUAAGCUCCCGGACAUCGCCUCCUUACCUCCGGUAGUAGGUGAUCAGCCAGAGAACCCUCUAGGAGCAGCGAGAAAACGCCGCAGUCGCCCCCAGCCUACCCUCCAAACCCUUCUCCAUUCCGAGCCCGAGCAAGCUCCAUCUACCCUCUCCCAAGCUCCAUCCGAGCCCGAGCAAGCUCCAGCGACCCUUCAAAAACUCCCCGCCACAAUGCAGUCCGACAACGGUCAAGGGCCCUCCCGAGCCGGACGCAGAGCCACCUCUUCUGAGUCCCUCGAAACCCACGACGCGCUCCAGCAGCAAAGCCACCGCCCAAGCCAGGCGAGUGCUUUCGGUACACUACCCUCCCAGCUCCCUUCUCAAGACCCCGGCGACAUGCCUCUCACCCUAAACACAGCAAUGAAUCUCUUCCGACAAGUCCUUCGGGAGGAGCGUCAAGCUGUAGGCCUAGGGCGUCAAGGUCCGGUCGGUCCGGCCGGUCACCCAGGCCCCCCAGGUCCGCCAGGUCCCCCCGGCUCCCCAGGCCCGCAAGGGAUCGAAGGACAGCCAGUCCUAAGCUCCCCGGAUACUACCUGGAAGCCAUCUGAUAUCGGUCUCUUCAACCCUGAAAUCCGUGACAAUGGUGAGGGCGUUGCGACAAUCUCUAAUGUCACGAACUAUAAAGAUGUCUAUAUCUUUAUUGAUAGGAUGAAAGACCUCAUCCCUACUAAAUCGGAAGAAAUCGUUCGUUCUAACAUUGCAUCCUGUCUCCGCGGCUCCGCUCUCGGUUGGUACACCUCCCAGCUGUCCGAACUCGAGAGAGCGGCCCUCCGCUCUAACCCUGUCCAUUCACCCGUCGGCUGGUUCAGCACCCUUGAAGCCAAGUUCAGACCCCCCCGUUCAGAACUCCUCCAUAGGUUUAACACCACAACCUACGCCAAGCGCGACAUCCGAGCCGGCACCCCAGUGCGUCACUACGCACAGCAAAUGUUGCGCCUCGCCCGCGGCCUAGGCCAUACCUCCCCCCGCGACCAGAUGAUCCAAAUCCGCCAAGGUCUGGAAGGCGACCUACGGCGCGAUGUACCGGUCCCAUCCGACUCCACCACCAUGUCAGAGUUCAUAUCUAGCCUAGAACAGAAAUAUCUCGACUGGAAGGACGAAGUUGAUGACAGGAGCCGUGCCUACCGUCAAGCCCUGCAACGGCGACCUCAAAGCCAGUUGCCCGGUUCCCAAAACCGCGGCGCCAGCAACCGUAUGCCCCAGUCUCAGAACCCUCCUAGACGAGGCCCUAUACCGGAUCGUCGCUACCCAGAGCGUAAUGAUCAGAGAGCUGACCAAACCCAGAGACGAAUCUCCAACCAACAGUGGAAUCAGAAUCAGAAUCAGAGUCAGAAUGAUCACUGGCAGAACCGGCUCCCAGCGCACCAAUGGCAGCGACAGGCCCCUAGGCAGCUAGGAUAUCAGAAUCAAAUCCAGCAGCAAAAUCAAGUCGUCCAGCGUCAAGCCCAGAUCACUCAAGCCCCCCAGCCAGCUCAUUAUUCAAUGUCCCAACCCCGUCAGCCAUGGAAUCGCACGCUCCCGUCUCGCGACCGGAACCCCCAACAUGCAUACCUCGCUGAUCCGGAACCGACUAACGACAUCGAAGCUGACUAUCUGCCCGAGCUUGACGAGCCUACGGAACCGACCGCCGAAAUUCAAGAAGUUUUCUCCGAUGAUGAGGAGGUAGAUCAGGAGGCAUAUCUCGCCGCACGCGACGACCCUGAGGAAUAUGACCUACCCUUCACUCCUACCGCCCAAGCCUGCUUCCCGGAGACAACUGUCACAUGCGCCCAUUGCCGAGCUGGUUUCGCCUCGAAUAAUACUCUCCACAAGCACCUCCAGGCCUGCAAGCCACGCGCCGCAGCUGAUCUUCCCCUCGAAGCUACUGCCUACCUAGCAACAUCGGCUAUACCUGUUAUUAAGUCGACCCGCCAGGCCCAGCACGAGCCAGGCUACGCUUUUCGUAGCUGGCGAUAUGCUACCGCAGCAGUCGGACUGAAUUCGAGAAACGACGUCACGAUGUGCUGCCUCGACUCUGGCUGUGUCAUGACACUAAUCGACUCCCAGCUCGCGAAAUCCCUUAACGCGACCAUCCAAGCUAACACACCCAUCCCGGUCAGCGGCAUAGGAUCACAGCAUAUGUCCUCCUCCUAUAUCAAUCUAACCCUCCUGUUUUUCGGACCUACCGCCACAGCUGAGCUAGCCGUGGAAGCCCACCUGAUGGAUAGUCUCCGUGCUAAGCUUCUAGUUGGCAUCGAUGUGAUGGGCCCACAUAGGUUCAAGCUAGACUUCGACCGACGUCAAGCGACGAUCGCCGCCUGCCAGGAUAUGAAUUUCCCUAUCGGCCUCCAGGCAAAGCCCCACCAUGUCCCUGCUCGUCCAGUCUAUGCUGCCUCUAAGGUUGUCAUUCCUCCGCAUUCCCGAGCCAAUAUCCCAGUCCGUGUCAAGCAAGCGCUCCCGACAAGCCGAGACUUUGUUUUCGAGCCCUCCCCUGCCGCGUAUGAUAUACAGGCAUCGCUCGUUGAUUCAAACUUUUCGUUUGUCCCAAUAACCAACCAUUCAGAUAGCCGCUUAACCGUUUCCCGCCGAAUGCGUAUCGGCACCCUUCAAGAAGCUGACUACGCGGAGGCCCUGCAAGUUUCUGCGGACGCUGCCGCGUUGGCAACCGGCCCCUCUAAGCCAGCCCAAAUAUCACUGCCCCUACCCCCGCUCAUGAAACAGUCCUCCCUAACGCUCCAGGCCGUCAUCGAUGCCUACGAUAUCUGGGGCCACCCUCAAGUCGCAGAUAUCCCUAUGGAUCAGUGGAUGCGUAUCCCCCUCGCCCCAGGCUGGGAAGACAAAAUACCAAAAAAUCAGGUCUACAAAUGCGGAACCGCAGAUCGCGCUGAAAUUGACAAGGUGUUCGAUGCCCUCCAAGCCGACGGCAAGCUGAAAUUCGCUUCUUCCUAUACCCCGAGUGGCUAUCCCGUCUUUGUCAUUUGGAAAUGGAAAACCAACGAUAAAGGGGAUAGGGAACGGGUAGGCAGAGUCGUCGUUGACCUUCGAAGCCAGAAUAAAAUGGUGAUCAAGGACGUCUACCCUGUUCCAACCCAGUCAGACAUCGUCGCGAUUACCCAGGGUAAAGCGUUCAUGUCCGUCUUCGACGCCGCCAAAUGCUUUUACCAAUGGCGUGUUCAUCCCGAUGACGUGCACCACCAAGCUGUUAUCACCCACCGAGGCCAGGAGAUCUUCCAAGUGGCCAUUAUGGGUUUUUGCAACUCGGUCGCAUACGUCCAAAGGCUUAUGGACAAUAUCCUCCGCCGCUUCCGCUCGUGGUGCCGUGUCUACGUCGAUGACAUUGUUACCGCUUCCCCUACCCUUCAAGCCCAUAUUCAACACCUCCAUCUUCUAUUCACAGAACUAAAACGAUAUAAUAUUUACCUCGAACCCAAGAAAGCUUAUAUCGGUUUCCCAUCCAUUACCCUCCUCGGACAGCAUGUCGACUCCCUCGGCAUGUCUACCCGAGCCGACAAGCUGCAUGCAAUCACCACCCUCAAGUUCCCCCACACCCUCAAACAGUUGGAAACCUAUCUAGGCCUGACUUCCGCCUACCGCCACUAUAUCGCUAAGUAUGCCCACAAGGCAGAGCCUCUGCAACAGCGCAAGACUACCCUCCUCAAAAAUGCACCCUCCAAGGGAGCCCCCCGCCGAAACCUCUCACUACGGACCAUCCUCAAUGAACCCACCCAAUCCGAACUCGACUCUUUCGCAACCCUCCAAGCUGAAUUCGCCAGCGCCCCAUGGCUCGUCCAUCACGACCCUUCCCGACGCCUCUACGCUGACCUAGACUCCUCCAAGGAGCAAGGCCACGGCGCCGUGCUCUUCCAUCUCAAAGAAGGAUACGACCAUAAGGACCCUUCUAAGCCGCCCCCAAUCACCUCCAUACAGCCAAUCCAAUUCCUAAGCCGCCUACUCACAAGUGCCGAAAAGAAUUACUGGCCUACCGAACUCGAGGUCUCCUGCCUAGUCUGGCUGCUCCGCAAAGCUAGACAUCUUAUCGAAGCAGCACCCCUCGCCCUCCCUCCGAUCAUCUACACAGACCAUAGCAGCACAGUCGCUAUUGCAACAAGCACCAGCCUCCGCUCUGCUAGCUCCGAGAAUCUCAACCUCAGACUUAUCCGCGCCUCCCAAUAUAUCCAACAAUUCAACCUUAAAGUCUUCCACCGUCCCGGCAAGACUAAUAAGACAGCCGAUGCCCUGUCACGCCUCCCAAGCGCUAGACCCACUAAGCCCGCCGAGCACGACGACCUAGAUUCGCUCUGGUGCAACCCCUCCUUAUGCAAUCCCGAUCCCUACGCCGAACUCCCAACUAUCCCAGACCCCCAAGCUACGGCAUUCCUCGCCAGAGUCGCCCAGGAAGCCUACCCAGCCGAUACCUCAGACGGCCACCAGCUGACAACCUCGAUCGUCCAUUUGUCAGAUGAAUUCCGUCAGCGCCUCAAAGCUGCCUACAUAACAGACUCCCGCCUUUCAUCGAUCAUCGAUACCCUCCAACAAGCCACAGCUGAUCCCAUUCCCCCCUACCCUCCCGUACGAGUUACAUGA